GCUGAUUAUACUGAUACUGAUGAACUUUAUACCGAUAAAGUGUGUGAGACGAAUUCAAAAAUGGAAUAAUCCUGCAUAAUGUCAGAGAACGAAUUAGUAGAUAUUUAAAUUAGUGAGCGGCUGGUUCGGGCUGCAAGAGAGCAUAAUUUAACCGUCCUCACCAGAAUAUGCUAGCGUACUAAUACGUUAUUAGCAUAGUAUUAGCAUGAGUAUCGACAUUUGUAUAAUAGCUGAUGUAAAAUCUUGAUUGUUUGAAGGGAAUAAUAAAACGUUUGUGCGUUCGACAUUGCGCUACUUUGUCAACAAUUUGUUAACUUGGCGGGUCGGCAAAAUAUCGAGUCAGUAAAAUGUCGAGGUGGUCGAAAAGUGUCGAAUGUACUUUAAUAGCAUUAGUUGAUGGAACGCUGAGUUGUGGUCUUUCAUCUUCGGUUUUGGCCAGCAAUAGUACGUACGUACUACAUUGAAGUGAUAGAAGUUUUGGGGGUAAUAACCACGGCAUUUGUCGAUUGCGUGCCAUCCUACCUAACGUCAUUGACUGUCUAACCGGGAGGGGAUUGUUGUGGAAUCGUUGUGGAUUUGCUAGUUAUCUAGGCAACGGUGUGGACCAGUCAGCUGCGGACGUGUCGAGUGGACUACUUCAUUCACUUCCAACGCAACGUGUAAAGUGCGAUAUUGUGAAUUCGAGUAAGCCGAUAGUGACAUUAGCCGGCGGUAUUUUAAAAGAUGCCGGAGCUGCCAUCACCUUUCGUAUAUUGGGCUCAAACUGAGACACAGGUUACGCUUAAGGUUGAUUUGACCGACGCCAAGGAUCCAGCCGUCGAUUUGAAAGAAACAAGCUUAAAAUUCGUAGCCAAUGGACAAGGUGCCAGAGGUCCUCACAGUUAUGCUUUCAGUUUAGACUUUCAUUCGGCGAUUGACCCAGAGGAAAGUAGCUAUAAGGUAGUCGACCGCCAAGUAGACUUUACUCUGCGUAAAAAGUCAAAUGACUGGUGGCCCCGUUUAACCAGUCGGCCACAGAAACCGGCAUGGCUGAAGAUAGAUUUUGACAAAUGGCAAAGUCAAGAUCCUGAUGUGGAUGAGGAUAAGGCUCAGGGUAACGGCAGUGAAGUGGGCCGAGAUAUUAGCAAAGAUUACCCAUACACAUAUGAUAAACUCCACAGGGAAGAAUUGGGAUAUAAACGGGAAGACUUCAAAAAGGUUUACUUGGUUUUGUACAACCUUUGCCAAUUUGUUGGUUUCUCAUACAUUUUGGCAGUGAUGGGCAUCAGAUAUUCACGCGAUGGACCAGACUCGAUGAUGGGCACUUAUGAAGCUGUUGGCACUGCUAUGAAAUUUGUCCAGCUACUACAAUUUUUGGAAGUGAUGCAUCCGCUGUUUGGAUAUACAAAGGGAGGAUUUUCUACGGCUCUAUUUCAAGUUGGGGGUAGAGCAAUAAUAUUGUUUUGCAUGAUAGAGUCUGAACAUCGAAUGCAAACAAAGCCAGUUGUGUUCUAUGUGUUCCUUGUAUGGAGCACUGUCGAAAUAGUGAGAUACCCGUAUUAUUUAACACAAUUGUUCAAAACCGAAUUCAGCUUUCUUACCUGGCUUCGGUAUACGAUAUGGAUGCCCCUCUAUCCUCUGGGUUUUCUCUGCGAGGGUAUCAUAGUGUUAAGAAACAUUCCUUACUUUGAGGAGACCAACAAAUUUACAGUUGCUUUACCUAAUGAAUGGAAUUUUGCUUUUCACUUUCCAUCAGCAAUGAGAAUAUACUUGUUAUUGCUGUGCUUACCAGGCAUGUACACGAUGAUGUCGCAUAUGAACCGUGUUAGAUACCAAAAAUUGUCAAAGACAAAUGUCAAGCGGAAAUACGAUUAAUCACUAUUGAAUUUUUGCUGAUCACAUCUACAUACCCUACCCAAAAAGAACGAACUUAAUUCCUAUCAGACGUUUCAGCCUAUCUGAAAGUAUCUGGCCACCAAUUCAUCAACCCACCCUUAUCAACAUUUGUAUGGAUAUCGAGGACUUUCGUUUGAUUGGGUUUUAUAAAAACAAUUUAUUUACUUGAGAACAAAAGUACAAUAAAAUUAAAACGACUCAUCGAA